AUGGCCAACUUCUUCGCAGUAGCUAAAGGCAAGGCAAGUGAUCCACCACGCAACUUGGCUUUGAAGAACCUGUGCGAGACCUUCUUACAGGAGGGAGCUCGGCAAGCUUCUGCAGAGUCUGACGCUCUCUGCGGUCUGCACAAUGAGAAGUUCAAACUCUACUGCGUGAACCAUCAGCUGCCCGUGUGCCUCGUCUGUCGGCAUUCAGAUUCACACGCUGGGCACAGAAUGAGAACUAUGAAAGAGGUCGCACAGGAGCACAAAGUGGAACUCCGGAAAACCCUGAAACCUGUAAGAGAGAAACUGAAAGUUUUUGAACGAGUCAUAGCGAACUGUGACCAAACAGCAGAAUACAUUAAGGUACAGGCUUUAAUCACAGAGGGGCGGAUCAAGGAGCAGUUUAAGAAGUUUCACCAGUUUCUACAAGAGGAAGAGGAGGUCAGGAUAUCUGCUCUGAGGGAGGAAGAGAAAAAGAAGAGUGAGGUGAUGAGGGAGAAGAUUGAGGCUCUGAACAGAGAGAUAGCAGCUCUGUCAGGCACAAUCAGAGUCACAGAGAACGAGCUGAGAGCUGAUGAUGUUUUGUUCAUGAAGAACUACAAGGCUGCAGUGAACAGAGUCCAGCAGCGCCCCCUUCCAGAUGAUCCAAACCUGGUCUCAGGAGUGCUGAUAUUCGAGGCCAAACACCUGGGAAACCUGGCUUUCGGAGUCCACACCAAGAUGAGGAAGAUUGUUUCCGUCUCUUCUGUGAUUCUGGAUCCCAACUCUGCUCAUCCAGAACUCGUCCUGUCUGAAGAUCUGCGCACUGUUCGAUGCAGAGAGAGACAGAAGCUUCCCAACAACCUAGAGAGGUUUGAUUCCUGCCUCUCUGUCCUGGGCUCUGAGGGCUUCAACUCAGGGACUCACAGCUGGCGUGUUGAGGUUGGAAACAGUCCGAUGUGGAUUCUGGGUGUAGCAGCAGAAUCAGUCAGAAGAAAAGGAGACGUAUUCUCAAAGUCUGGGUUCUGGAGAAUCCUGUUUUAUAAAGAUGAAUACACAGCAUGGUCACCAACAGGACCAGAGACGGGAACAGAAGCUCUCCUCUCAGCGAAGAAACUUUGUAAGAUCAAGGUGAAACUGGACUGUGACGGAGGAAAGUUGUCAUUUUAUAACUCUGAAACAAACACACACAUACACACCUUCACACACAGGUUCACUGAGAAAAUGUUUCCGUACUUUAACACAAACAGAGAAAUUCCACUGUUGAUAUCUUGAGAGUAGCUGUAAAACCAAAGUGUACAGAAGAAGCCGGCACAAUUCUCUUAAUGAUUAAAAUGUGAUCAGCAUACAAUAAUUUGGGUUCAUAUGUGGACAGUUUUUAUGGUUCAUUCUCUAAAUCGUUCUUGGUCUUGAGACCACUUUCUGAAGGUCUCAGUCUUGGAAUCGAAAUCAUUCUUACUCGACUUGACUCGGUCUCAGACUGGGCGGACUCUGGAUAUUAAAUCAAGACCGGUCAAGACCACCUCUGAUUGGCUUUUUCCAGGUGAUUAGUAGAAAAACGAAUAACUUCAAUUAAUUCAUAAUUUGAUUUUUAUCCCCCGGUCAUGGCCACAACCUUCCCGGUGUUACGGUCUAAGUGAGUGACACGCCCCCCUGCACACUUCAGAUAUAUUUAUGGUCUUGGUCUUGUCUCGGUCUCGCCCUGCCUUGGUCUUUGUCUUGACUCGGGUCUUGAUCCCUAAAUGUCUUGAUCUCGGAGCACUCUGGUCUCGGGUAUGUCUUGCUCUCGGUUAGUGUGGUCUUGACUACAACACUAGUUCAUUGAUUUAAAUAUAAUUGGAAGGACUAUUUUCAUUAUCAACAGAUUGAUACAGUGACAGCUUAUGAUUGCAGUGUUUAAAUAUGUACGUUUAAAACAUAUGUGGAUCAGUUGAAUAUUUAAACCUUUGAGUGGGUGUCUGUGUAAGGUUUGGUAUGACCUGAUGUAAAGGACAAUGUUUGUUUGAAUGUUUUCUGUUCGGUCUUUUUAACCUGUAUUGUUAUGUGUUGUAUGAACCUUUUGGAAUCACCUCUCUGCACAACAAAUGUACCUUUCUAGCAACUAAUUAAGAAACCUUAACCUUUAGCUAAAAAAAUUUCACUAGUGAGUGGAAAACCGUGUCUUUGUCACUGGUAGUUUAAAGAUCACUUUAAGAUGUUUGAUCUGGUUGGGGAGAAGUUAUGGGAGUUAAUUGGGCUGAGAUGAGACAAACAGAGAGUGGAGCCACAGAGUCUUUUGACCUUUCUCUGUCUCUCUCCUUUUCUCUCGAUCUUGAUGUAUAACUUGGGAAUAUUUUGGAUUAUUCCAUAUCUGUUUUUUUGUUUAUUUUUGUCUAAAUAAACAUCUAAACUUUCA